GAUUCUUGUAUGGGCAUUUACAGUGCUAUCAUAGCAUUGUUGCUGGUGCUAAAGCUAGUUUGAUUUACCUUCACAAUAACAAGCUUCAAAUUAUAAAAAAUAUCAAUAUGCAGAUUCAACAGCAAUAACCAUUUAUGUCUAGUAUAUGUUCUUCCUUUGUAUACCGCUGACAAACAUUUUCAUUUUUCUCUCUUUUUGUAAUGUCUUGAUAUUUUGAUUUCUCCCCUGCCCCCUCCCAGCUUGGGUAUUAGGACCUAAUUGUUCAGAGCCUAUUAGUUCUUCUUUUGCUUCUUGAUUGAUAUAUUAAAAAUAACUGAAAUUUAAACGGUCAAGGGGUUGGAGAGCUGGAAUCUGUUGUUAUAUCAUUGGAAAACUCUUAAGUAACUCUGCUCACUUGAUCCAGCUGACUGAAAGCCAGUGUUAACUUUUGCACGUUAUGGGAUGUGCAAUUCCCGCAUUCAUUCCAGGGGCUGCCACAAAGUGAGGAACUCCUUAUGUGGAAAACCUUUCAGGGUGCAAUGCUAUAUCCAGUUACUUUGGAGUAAGCCCCAUUGGACUCGUGUAUCUUUCAUUGCCUGAAACAUACAUGAACUGAGAGAUAGCACACUAGUCAUAUGCAUGUCUCUCUUUUUCCCCCCUGCACAGAAGUAUUUCCCAAGUAGAAAAUUUCUCGCAUUUUGUCACAUUUCGAAGCAUCUCCAAAGCAGAAGGGAGGAAAUGUGUUUUAAUUGGACUUGCAAUAAAGUAAAACAGGGAACAAGUGCUGAUGAGAAAACCUGGGACUUCAGCCAUUGCUAAUGGACCCUUUCCUCUUUGCCCUUGCAGAUAUGCCCUGCGUGCAGGCCCAGUACAGCCCUUCGCCCCCUGGCUCAAGUUAUGCAGCUCAGACCUUCACCUAUGGCUCGGAGUACAAUCCCGAGAUCAUGAACCCUGACUACACCAAGCUGUCCAUGGAGCUGAGUGGUGCUGAGAUCAGUGCCACGGCCACCACCUCUCUGCCCAGCUUCAGCACUUUCAUGGAAGGCUAUGCUGGGAAUUAUGAGCUCAAGCCCUCCUGCUUAUACCAAAUGCAGUCCUCUUCGCCCUCCUCUUCCGCAAACCAGAGGCCCCUCGUCAAGAUGGAAGACAAUCGGAUGCAUGGCUACCACCCUUCCUUACCUCCCUCUGCUGAUGAAGGCAUGGCUGUGAACACCUCCAUGUACUUCAAGCAGUCCCCGCCCUCCACGCCCACCACCCCCGGGUUCCCCCCCCACCAGGCCCCCUGGGAAGAACCGCCACCGCCACCCCCUCUUCCGCCAGCACAGACCUGCAUGGCCCCUGGCCACCUGAUGAGCGCUGCCCCGAUGAAAGCGGGGCCUGGCCGCUUCCCACUCUUCCACUUCAAGCAUUCGCCGCCCCACACGCCGCCUGCCGGCGCCCACAUGUGCUACGACGCCACUGCCUUGAGCCUGCCCAUGGGAUCGGAUAGACCCCCCGCUGGCCCAGCCGCCAUGGAAAACCACCCGUAUGGUCUCCCGUUGUCCAAGAGAGCAGCCGCCUUAGCCUUCUCGCCGCUGGGCCUCAAUGCAGCCGCUUCCAGUCUUCUGGGGGAGAGCAGUGGGAGCAGCAGUGGUCUUCCCUCCCCACCCAGCAGAAGCUCUUCGUCAGGGGAGGGCACCUGCGCCGUGUGUGGGGACAAUGCUGCCUGCCAGCACUAUGGCGUCCGGACAUGCGAGGGCUGCAAAGGCUUCUUCAAGAGGACGGUUCAGAAAAAUGCAAAAUACGUUUGCCUGGCUAAUAAAAAUUGCCCAGUGGAUAAGCGCCGCCGGAACAGAUGUCAAUACUGCCGAUUUCAGAAGUGUCUCAGUGUCGGCAUGGUAAAAGAAGUCGUCCGCACUGACAGUUUGAAAGGGAGAAGAGGCCGCCUGCCUUCCAAACCAAAGAGCCCUUUGCAGCAAGAGCUUCCUCAACCCUCCCCACCUUCUCCUCCAGUCAGUAUGAUGAAUGCUCUUGUGCAAGCGCUAUCCGAUUCUGCACCCAGAGAGCUUGAUUAUUCCAGAUACUGUUCCACUGAGCAGACUUCUACAGGUACAGAUGCAGAACAUGUGCAACAAUUCUAUAAUCUUCUCACUGCCUCCAUUGACAUAUCCAGGGUCUGGGCAGAAAAAAUCCCAGCAUUUACAGACCUCCCAAAGGAAGAUCAAACUCUACUCAUAGAAUCAGCGUUUUUGGAGCUCUUUGUAUUGAGAAUGUCCAUCAGAUCUGACACUGCUGAAGAUAAAUUUGUUUUCUGCAAUGGACUUGUGCUUCAUAGACUUCAGUGCCUUCGUGGAUUUGGGGAGUGGCUCGACUCAAUUAAAGACUUUUCCUUAAAUUUACAGAGCCUCAACCUUGACAUCCCAGCCUUAGCAUGCUUAUCAGCUCUAAGUAUGAUUACAGAACGACACGGCUUAAAAGAACCAAAGAAAGUGCAUGAGCUAUGCAACAGGAUCAUGAGCAGCUUUAAAGAUCACUUGGCCUUCAGCUGCCAAAGCAAAGGACAACCUUUUGAGCCUGUGGAGUCCAAAGUGCUUGGGGUCCUGGCUGACCUGCGCUCCCUCUGCACCCUCGGACUGCAGCGGAUCUUUUACCUGAAAUUGGAAGAUUUGGUGCCACCUCCUUCCAUUAUUGACAAACUGUUUCUGGAUACCUUACCAUUCUGAGGUUCCUAUUACCCUUGUGAAGAAAGGCAACUGUCUACCAGAGCAGGCAAAAAAAAGACUGAAAACUUAAUGCUAACAGUGCUGCUCCCAUUUAACCGGCGGAAAAAAGCAGUUCCAGCCCUGAGCAUUGGACUUCGCCUAAUGAAUUUCCUUGCAAGCUGCCUAAAAUGAUGUAUCUACAGGUCUGGAGCUAGGAAACUGGAGAGAGGGAGCGUUGAGUGCAGUUUUUGUUUUUUAAUCACUAAUAUGGCACUUUUGAACGAUGCUACCCCAGCAGGAAAAAAUCUAUUGCAUAGCACCUCAUCUUAAGUGGUGAGCAGAAAAUUGUAGAUGCUGUGUGUUUGAAAAUAGUAGUGUUUGAAAACAGUAACAAUGGCAAAUUGUUCAUGCAGGUAGUAUAUCUUUUAUAGUUUAUACCUUUAGCAUACUUCCUGUACCAAGGGCACAGUAACCUGGCACAAAUGAAAAAUUCUCUCUCUUUUUUCUAACGUGGAUUCAUGUUUCGUAUCAAUCUGAUAUAGCAAAAUGACAACGGCUGUUAACUCCCAUGGUCAAGUGCAAUUUUUAAAGUCUUGUUUGUUGAUUAUAAUUUAUUUUAAUAUAAAAAAUUAAAUAGCAAGAGUGAGGGGGGCAUAGUUUUACAUGCACUAACUUCCAUGAAAAAGUUUCCCAAACUUUGGAUCCAUGUAACAGGACUUAUUAACAUGCCAAUGUGGGUUGGGGGGUGGGGAGAGGAAAGGCGGCAAGGAGCAGUUUGGAGGCCACAUUCUUAUCAAGUAAGUCACAAUGCAUAGCAACCGAAAGGGUCAGCACCACGCAUAGUUACAGUUUAGAACUGAAUUUAGCAAAUUGCUUAGUAAGGAUACAAGACAGUUUGGAAGAACAAGUCUUGUAAAAAAAAAUAGUCUGAAUGUAAAUGCUAGAAAGGGUUUAGUGGGCUGCAUUUGAAACAUUCCGUGUAUGUACUCCCUAUUUUGUAUGUUUAUACUGUUGACGCUAUAUUAAUAUGAAACUAUUUGUUGCAUAGUGUCUUUAUUUGUAUAAAUAUUUGCAUGCAUAAUAUAUUGUAAAACUUCGCCUGUAUUUAUUGCAAUGACUGCCAGCUCCCGGGAGCCGCGUUACACAGAUCAACUAAAUAGUGCAUUCACACUGAUUCAGUUGAGUGUGGGUACUUCACACACACACACAUAUAUAUGUGUGCAUUUCUAUUAACCAGCUGUAUAUAAAAUUCAUCCUUCCACAAGUAAACUUUAUCUUACUGUUUUAUUUGCAGUGACUUUUAAGGCAGUACAAUUUUAGCACUUUGAUAUUAAAAAUUUUGCUCAUGUUUGGUAACAUAAAAAUAUUUAAAUAUUUUAGUUCUUUACAAAAAAAAGAUUAUAUGCACUGUAUUAAGUUAAGAUUUCAUUGGUCAUUUUGCUAAAAAGAAGAAGAAAUGUCAAUUUCAUGCCCCAGUUUUUUUUUUUUUUUGUU